AUGCGUCGGGUGGCUGUUCAGGCGCUCCGUAUUGCCCGGCGUGCCCCAGUAUGGACAGCCGGAAAUCGGCCAGGAUCGCUGUCCUUCUCCAACAACCAGGUGCGAGGUCUACGACCAUACUCGAGCGGAAAGCGCACAUCCUUUGUUCCGGCUGCUUUGCAAUCCUCCAUGUAUCUUCGCAAUUUCUCCCUCGCCGUGAUCUCGGCCGCCGUCGCCUCCGGAGCAUGGUAUGCUUAUCAAGGUGACAGCGCCCUUUCGAUGGCAACCCAGGUCCGAGCAUUCGCUUCCAGUGCAAUCGCUUCUGCUUACGCAGAGGACCCAUCCGAGACUCCGAAGCGUGCUGUCCUCGUGGGCAACGACCAGUUCUACACCGCUACGCUCUCCAGCGACCAGCCGCUUUCUAAGAACACCGAUGAUUCCGAUCGCCGGGUCGUGGGGAUGUUAACGCCAGAACAAGCUACGGAGAAACUUCGGAAGAACGAGGAAUCAUAUCUCGUCAAUCGGGGUAAGGGUGUGGUGCGCUACGACAUUGUUCAGGUUCCCAGCAAUUCGCCCAUUGAAGACGACCACGCCGAGAAGAUCGUUCAGGUUUCACCAUCGGUCGCUGCCUCGAAAAAUGGACAGACAAACAGUGACUGGAUGUUUUGGGCAGUAUUCGAUGGGCAUUCGGGCUGGACCACGUCUGCGAAACUGCGGAAUGUCCUCAUCUCGUAUGUCGCCCGUGAACUCAACAUCACUUACAAGACUGCGGCUGCCGACUCCUCGAUUCUGAUACCAUCGUCCGAGGCUGUGGACGCGGCUAUCAAGCAAGGUUUCGUCCGUCUGGACCACGAUAUUGUGCACGAGAGCGUGGACAAAGUACUCAAGUCCAAGUCACGACGGGCCGCGGCUGAGCUCCUGGCGCCCGCUCUUUCGGGCUCAUGCGCUCUCCUGAGCUUCUACGAUUCGCAGUCCCAGAACCUCAAGGUUGCUGUUACUGGUGACUCACGCGCCGUUCUCGGCCGCCGUGGCCCCGGCGGGAAGUGGUCUGCUACGCCGCUGUCGGAAGAUCAAACCGGUGGCACGCCGUCUGAGAUCAAGCGUCUGCGUGAAGAGCACCCCGGCGAGCCCUAUGUCACCCGGAACGGUCGUAUCUUGGGCCAACUAGAGCCGAGUCGUGCUUUCGGCGACGCGGUCUACAAGUGGAGCAAAGACGUUCAAGACAAAAUAAAGCAGCAAUUUUUCGGACGAAGCCCCAGUCCCCAUCUCAAGACGCCUCCCUACGUCACUGCCGAACCCAUCGUCACCACCACCAAGAUGGAUCCCUCCCAGGGUGACUUUGUCGUCAUGGCCACCGAUGGUCUGUGGGAGAUGUUGAGCAACGAAGAAGUCGUUGGUCUGGUCGGUCAAUGGAUCGAAAAUCAGCAAUCUGGCGUUGCCGGUGGCACUGGCAAGUCCUGGCUGCAGGGAUGGUUCGGGUUCGAUGGACAGAAGCAACUGCCUGUCGACACCCCCAAGGUGCCUCGGCCGAAGGCCAGCCCCAGCCGAUUCGUCGUCGAGGACAAGAAUGCAGCGACCCAUCUCGUGCGCAAUGCCAUGGGCGGGAAGGACAAGGAGAUGCUGUGUGCGUUGCUGACGCUGCCCAGCCCGUACUCUCGUCGGUACCGUGACGAUGUCACUGUUGAGGUCAUUUUCUUCGGUCAAGGCCCUGACUCGCGCACCGUCGAGGUCAACCAAGAAGCAAGCGCUGCCGAGGAGAACCCCAAGGCCAAGCUCUAG